UAGAAACAGUGAUUCCAACAACCGUGAAGAUGAUGAACGUUUUGGCUCUCGGCCUUCUCAUAUCAUCGAUAGCAGCAGCAGGCAUUUGGUCUCCGAACCCGCAGCACCAGCACCACCCGCAGGAGAACGACAACGUCAUCCUCAGAGAAGGGCACAGAGUGAUAGUGGUGGAGUAUGAGAUAGAAGGUAUUCAAAAACCCAUCUCAGUUUCCUCAUCGGAAUCAUCACCUCUGCCCCAAAAUCUCGAAAACCCUCUUGGGUUAGUAGAAGAAGCCAAGGAGAAGUUCAAAGAAGCUGCUUCCGUGCUUACAAAUCUUGGCCAAGGAGUUUCACCGCCCGUCCACAGCUCUAAAGAGAAGAUUUGCGAUGCCUAUGGCGCAUGCAAGGAGAGAGUUUCAGGGAUCUUUAGCAAGGCUAAAGAGAAGCUUGCUGACGGAAUAUUGAAAGCUGAAAGUGUUGGGAAAGAUGUAGUCCACAGUGGCGAGAUUGUCACACAGAGAGUGAAAGAUGUGGCUGGUGAUGUAGCCCAUGGUAGUGAGGCCAUCGUGGAGAAGGCGAAGGAUGGAAUUGGAAGUGUAGUCGAUAGCAGUGAGACCUUUGUGGAGAAAGCAAAACGUGCUGGAGAAAACUUGGCCGAGAAGUCGAAGAGCUUUGGAGAAGAACUGAAAAGGAACUCCAACGAUGUUACGAAGACGACUCUUGAAGAAGUAAAGGGUAAAGCAAAAGAAGCCCAAGAAAUGGCAGAAAAUGUGGUUGAUGAGGUGAAAAGCAAAGUAAAGGGUAAAGGAAAGGAAGCCCAAGAAAUGGCAGAAAAUGUGGUUGAUGAGGUGAAGAGCGUUGGUGAGAAAUCAAAGAGCAUGGUCAGUGACACCCUUCAUAAGCAGCACCAGAAUCUAACGGAUAUAGUUAGACGAGGCCGAAAUGCUGCCUAUAACGCGGCCGCAUAUGCGCUCUCAGCCGACUCGUUGACGUUGUUGAUGAGUGUGGUCCACCUCAUUGUGUUUGCGGUUGCGUAUGGAGUGUGUGUGUGGAUGACUUUUGUGUCUAGCUAUGUGUUGGCAAGGGUGCUGUCUAGGCAGCAAUUUGGAGUGGUCCAGAGCAAGAUCUACCCUGUUUAUUUCAGGAUGAUGGCAUACGGUGUUGGAUUAUCUCUUCUUUCUUACUUCUUCAGUCGAGGACGUCGUGUUGGGGAUGGCCUGGCCAAGAUGUUGGAGUGUUACAAUCUGCUUGUGUCACUUGGGCUUGUUCUUGCAAACAUGUUUUAUUUGGAGCCUCGAGCAACGAAGGUUAUGUAUGAAAGAUUGAAACUGGAGAAGGAAGAAGGAAAAGGUGGGGACAUAUCUGACAUGGUGGUUGAGCCAGUUGUAACGGCUGAUACUACUACCACUACUACAGCUGGGUCAGCCGGUAAUGUAGGUGUGAAUGCCACCAUGUUCACGGCGACAGCCACUGCCACAGCCACUACUCCUGGCCGGGCCGCACAGCAGGAGGUAGUAAAGCUUCGUGCUGUAAAACUAAGUAGGCGAUUGAAAAACCUCAACGCCUACUCUUCCUUCCUCAAUAUCAUGACUCUCAUGAGUCUCACAUGGCACGUCGUCCACCUGGGUAAGUGCUUGCAUAUGAGCUGCUGAUGUGGACCCUGUAAAUCGGGUAUGAUAGUUGUGUGCAUUUUGUAUUAUGGAUAGUAGGCCUGGUCACAACAAGUUACAAUGUCUGGUGUUGAUCUCUACUUUUAGAAGCUUUAUAGUGAAGAGGACAGUAGCCUUCAGUGGAUGUA